GCACAUUCAUCGUUCACUUGUCUUUUAAUGCAUUUAUAUUAUUAUCAUUCUGGUUUUUGAGACUGGAUUUGAGUGAUUUUGUUCGAACGUUCGAUUGGACCCCUAACAUUGACCGGCGUGUUGUGAAUUAAUCUGAUAGAUAUCAUCGUAUCAUUUGUCAUUAAAUUUAUCAUUUUUCAACUAAAAUUUCAAUAAUGGCUAGAAAACGAAAUAGAUCUUCCGAUGAUUCUUCAUCUGCAUCAUCAUCUUCAUCCGAUGAAGAUGAAAUUAUCGAUAGUCGGAAGAAAAAUGUGAAAACUGCUUCGAAAAUUAUACCCACCGAUUCAUCAAGCAGUUCGGAUGAUGGCGAUGAUGGGGAAUGGAAUGCUAAACCGAAAACUAAAGCGAAAUCGAAACGUAAUAAAGUGUCGAAAAAACAGCCAACUAAAGUGAUGAAGAAAAAAUUGAAAACAGCUUCAAGUGCAAGCGAUGAUAAUGAUGAUGACGAUGAUGAUGAUAAUAAUGAUGAUGAUGAUGAUUUGUUGCAGAAUAGCUCCGAAGAAAAAGAAGAAGGUGAAGUUGAUUUUAGUGAUGAUGAAAAUGAAGAAUUCAACGAUGGCUUUGAUGAAAAUCUUAUGGGUGAUGAAGAAGAUCAAAGGAAAUUGGCCCAAAUGACUGAAAAAGAACGUGAACAAGAGCUAUUUAAUCGUAGUGAAAAACGUGAAGUUUUACGCACAAGAUUCGAAAUCGAACGUAAAUUACGGUUAGCCAAAAAACAAGAAAUGAAGAAAAAAGCCAACGAAAAACAAAAUGAUAAAAAUGUCGAUUCGACUUUCACAGAAUCAGCAUCACGAAGUAUUGAACGAAGAAGAAAUAUGGAAGAUAAACGUAAAGUUAAAGAUGCCAUGAAAGGAUUGAAAGCUGAACGUGAGAAAAAGAAGGAAAAAUUGAAACAAAAACUAAAGGCUACGGAUGUUUAUUCGGAUUCAUCCGAUUCAGAUGAUUCAAAUUCCGAUAUUAGAAUAACGAAAAAAGACCGUAAAAAAUCAUCAACAUCAGAAGAAUUUUCAUCAUCUUCGUCAAUGUCCGACGAUAGUGAUGUCGACACAAAAGGAAAAUUGAAUAAACGAGAUAAAGAUGAUUGGGAUAAUGAAAGAUCGACUGAUCAUAUUGAAGAUGUUGAACAAUUCGAUUUCACAUUUGAACAUUUAAAUUCAUUACGUUUAUCUCGAUUUAAAAUGGAAAAAUGGUGUCAUGCACCCUUCUUUCGGGACACUGUUAUCAAUGCAUUCGUUAGGAUCGGUGUCGGUAAUAGUUCCUUAUCACAAUAUAUUGUUGGCCAAAUUGUCGAUGUUGUAGAAACAGCCAAGAUUUAUACAUUGGGUAAGACUCGAACGAACAAAGGAAUCAAAUUAAAACAUGCCAACGAUGUAGAAAAAGUAUUUCGUCUUGAAUAUAUAUCAAAUUCUGAAUUCACUGAAACGGAAUUUCAACAAUGGCAUUCGAAAAUGAUUGCUGAUAAAUGUGACUUUCCAACCAAAGAUCUGGUCGAACGUAAAAAAGCCGAUAUACAAAAAGCUAUCAAUUACAAUUAUAGUAAUGAAGAUAUCGAAUUAAUAGUGGCUGAAAAGGAACGUUUCAAAAACAAACCGACCAAUUUCGCGAUGAAAAAGACUCAAUUGAUGAAGGAAAAAGAAUUUGCAGAAAUGAAUGGUGAUCACGAAAAAGCGAUCGAAAUCGGUAAAGAGAUUGAUAGGCUGGAGGAGGAAUCAAAGAAAUUGGAUAAGAAACGUACACAAAGUAUAGCUUCAAUAUCAUUCAUCAAUGAACGUAACCGAAUGCGUAAUAUUAAAGAAGCCGAACGUGCUAUUGCCGAAGCAGCUAAAGAAGCUCAAAAUCAAAAAGAUGAUCCAUUCACAAGGCGUAAAUGCGCUCCCACAAUGAUCCAUGUAUUUAAUAAGAACAAACAAUCACAAUCGAAUCAAUCACACUCAAAUGAAGCUAAUGAACAAUCGUCCAAAGACAUAGAGAGUCAAAAAUCGUCAAAAGAUCUAUCGGAAUUCAAUGAAAAUAGUGAUACGCUCGAUUCAUCCAAUACAAAUAAAAACAAUGGUUCAUCUCUACAAAGUCAGAAUAAUCACAGCAAAUCAACGAAUAACACUAGCCAAAAUAAUGAAGAUAAUAACGACAUGUUUAGUGUCCAUAAUUUCGAUAUCAAAAUUGAUUUCGAAACUCUAGACUUUGGAAUUAACAAUAGUAAUUCCUCAUCGAUAUCGAACCAAAAUUCUUCGUUAUUAUUUUCCGGACUUUCCAGUAGUAAACCGAAUGGAUUCUCUAUGGCUCGCUCCAAUCCAUUGCCUAAUUCCGGAACAAAUCGUCGUUCGUUGAAUCUAGAUGAAUAUAAGAAGAAAAAAGGCUUAAUUUGAACUGUAUUCUAAUCAAUUCAUGGCGUCAUUUUCCGAGGUAGAUUUACCCCUCCAUUGUUUGAUAAUCUGUAUCCUCUUAAUCGAUUUUAGGCUAAUUUUUUUCUUUGUUUGAAAUUUUUUCAUUGAUGUAUAAUUUUUUUCAAUAAAAUUUUCAAAAUAA